AUGUUUGUUGUUAUUAUUAAUAGCGGUUUCGAUAAGCAAGCUUAUUGGUCUAUAGAAGGAAAAACUCCAUGUUUAAAGAUCGCAUUAAAUAUUGUAGACAACAGAAGCCUUCUCGAUGUACGAGCUAAAAGAGGGGCGGGCUGCUUUUCCGAUCAUCACCUUUUAAUAGCAUCUAUCCGUCUUAAGGUCGCUGCAAUCCGAAGACCCGAAACAUCAGCGAGGAAAUACGAUGUAAGGAAUCUGCUAAUCCCUGCUAGGAGGGAGCUUAAGGAAGGCUUAAAUGUCGAACGCGCCCAUCCGGUUACUGAAUGGCCAAACAUCCAAGCUCAUUUUGAGGACGCCGCCAGAGUGCAUAUUGGUUACAGAACACCACGGAAAAAGCAAUGGAUAUCUGAUGACACUUGGUAUUUGAUACAAUCCAGAAGAGAUGCUAAAUCUAAACUCAAUGCAGCCAGAACUCGAUCAGAGAAAGUUGCGCUGAGGGAGGUCUACAGUCAACAAGACAAACAAAACAGCGAGGGAGUGCUAACAACAUCUCGGUCGGAGCAACUCGAAAUAUGGAGACAACACUACUCUAGAUUGCUGUCCAACCCACCCUUUGCUACUGAAAGCAUAUGUACUUGCACUAGCCAUUGCGUGAGACAAGAUAUCCAAAUUGAGGCCUUUAGGGCUGUUUCAGCCUUAAAGGCAAAUAAGGCCCCUGGAGCAGAUAACAUUGCACCUGAAAUGCUCAAAGCGGACAGCCAAACAUCAUCGUCCUUCCUACAACCACUGAUCCAAACCUUCUGGUCUACUAACGAAUUGGAUGCACGGCUCAAAGAGGGUAUUAUCGUAAACAUUCCCAAGAAGGGCGACCUAAUGGAAUGUAAAAAUUGGAGAGGUAUACAAAAAACAAAACAAAAUACGCAAAGCAUCAACAAAAUACAUCAAACCAACACACUUCCAUACAUACGUUUCUACGCAAACCAAUAA